GUCCCGGCCACGAGAGCUCUCCUCGUGACCACACCCCCUCAGUGACGUCAGCCGGAACCACAUGACAGCCCGGCUUCCCUGACCCGGACAUGACGUCAGGACAAUAGACCCUCCGAUGUUAAGGAUUAACCUUAUAGAGGUGGUUGGCGGGAAACGUGAAGUUGCUGCGGAAUUUGUCGGCGGCUGGAGCUAGAGAGAGUUCGGGAGCCGGGAGACUGAUCCCCUUUACCCCACCCCAGCUGAUGCCCACCAUCAUCCUGAGAUGGAACUAAAUGACAAAAGGACAAAGCAAACUAAGAUGCCAGCUGAGAGAAAGCCAAUGCGCUAUGCUCAUCCGGAUGGAUACACAGGUGUCUGUUUUGAUGAAAAUGGAAGAUUUAUCAUAACCAGUGGCAGUGAUGGCGAUAUUAGAAUAUGGGAAAGUUUAGAUGAUGAUGAUCCCAAAUCGAUCAAUGUGGGUGAAAAAGUUUAUUCGCUGGCUCUCCGGAAUGGAAUGCUCGUUACCGCUGUUUCUAACAACAUUGUUCAAGUCCACUCCUUCCCUGAGGGUUCACCAGAUGGAAUUUUAACUCGCUUCACUGCUGAAGCGAACCACGUUGUCUUCAAUAAUGCUGCGACCAGUGUCGCUGCUGGUUCCAGUGACUUUAUGGUGAAGAUCAUUGAGACAAAGGACAAUAGUCAACAAAAGACAAUACGAGGCCAUGAAGGCCCUAUCCUCAGUGUGGCUUUUGAUCCAAAGGAUUUAUUUCUGGCUUCCUCUAGUUGUGAUGGGUCAGUAUGUAUCUGGAAAAUUGCUGAUCAGACUCUCGUAGCAAGUUGGCCACUGCUAACUAAAUCCAAUGAUGUGAGCCGUGCGACAUCAAUCUGUAGACUUGAGUGGCAACCGAGGAUUGGAAAGUUCCUGGCUGUUCCAGUAGAAAAGACUGUAAAACUCUUUGAAAGGGACACCUGGGAAAAUACUGAUAAUCUUUCAGAUGAUAGUAUAAAGAAGCCAUUAAAUGUUGCAUCAUGGUCUCCUUGUGGUGGUUAUGUGGCUGCUGGGAGCAUUGAUGGAUCAGUAGUAGUAUGGAAUGUACAGACCAGAAAAUGUGUUGAAAGGUUCCAGCAUGAGAAGGCUUAUCGAAUCUGUGCAAUGGCAUGGCACCCUUCAAAAGGAACUAUAGCAUAUACAGAUGUUGAAGGAAAUCUGGGGCUCCUUGAAGGGGUUUUGGCAAAUGCUGGCACCAAGGAAUUGGCUUCCCAUUCAACUGCUACCACAUUUGAUGAUUUGUUUGAUGAAGCGGACAGUGACUUGUUAACAAAAGGCAUGAAUUUGUCACCUCCAUCGCCAAUAAGGCAGCCAUUGGUGGAUGAUGAUGAUGAUGGAGAAGAUGACAAUGUAAUGGCUGUAGUCAACCGUUCUAGACAUCAUCGAGCCAUUGAAGAUGAUAAUUCUCAUGAUAUUGGAUCUCCCACCCAUUUUGAUAAAUUGGAUAAUGAUGGUGAUGAUGAUGACAAUGACCAAGCUAGUAGUGCAAAAGCUGCACCAGUAUUUGCAGCAUACUCUGGACCAGUGCCAACACAGCAGCAAAAGCCUUUUCAGCCUUGUUCCACACCCUCUCACCUCUUGCAUCGUUUCAUGGUGUGGAAUUCCACUGGUAUUAUUCGCUGCUACAGUGAUGAACAAGAUAAUGCUAUAGAUGUAGAAUUCCAUGAUACCUCAGUACAUCAUGCAAUACACCUGAGUAAUGUUCUGAAUCACACCAUGGCUGACUUAUCACAGGAAGCAGUAUUACUAGCAUGUGCAAAAACUGAUGAACUGCCCAGCACACUCCAGUGUAUUCACUUCAACUCCAGGGAUACAAACAAAGAAUGGAUGGUGGAUAUGCCAGAUAAUGAAAACAUUGAAGCCAUUUGUCUCGGUCAGGGCUGGGCUGCCGUUUCGACAAGUGCUCAGAUUGUUCGCAUCUUCAGCAUUGGUGGUGUACAAAAGGAGCUCUUCAGCCUAAUGGGGCCUGUGGUCUCUAUGUCAGGACACGGAGAACAGCUAUUGAUUUCUUAUCACCAAGGCACUGGGUUUGAUGGAGAUCAAUGUCUGGGAGUACAACUAAUGGAAUUAGGAAGAAGGAAAAAACAGGUUCUGCAAGGCGUACCCCUUCCUCUUAACAAGAAGUCUUACCUGAUGUGGCAGGGUUUCUCUGCUGAAGGUACCCCGGUAUUUGCAGAUUCGGAGGGGAUAGUACGAAUGCUGAACAGAUCUCUAGGGAACACAUGGAUUCCUGUUUCUAACACCAGAGACCAUUGCAAGGGCAAAUCUGAUUAUUACUGGGUGGUUGGUAUCCAUGAAAACCCUCAGCAGCUCAGAUGUAUUCCAUGUAAAGGAUCUAAGUUUCCACCUACACUUCCACGCCCCACUGUAACAAUCCUACCAUUGAAGCUACCUUAUUGCCAAACUAGUUCAGAAAAAGGACAAAUGGAGGAACAGUACUGGAGAUCUGUUCUAUUUCAUAAUCAUUUUGACUAUCUGGCAGAAAAUAGCUACGAAUUUGAUGAAACUGCAAAACACCAAGCACUAAAGGAACAGCAGGAACUGCUAAUGAAGAUGUUUGCUCUGUCUUGUAAGGUAGAGCGUGAAUUCCGCUGUGAAGAACUUUCGGAAUUUAUGACCCAGAAUGUCUUAAAUCUGGCUAUCAAGUAUGCUUCACGUUCAAAGCGACUAACUCUUGCCCAACGCCUUAGCAACAUAGCGCAGGAGAAAGCUACAGCAUUGGUGACCAUACAAGACGAAGAUGAUGACUUUCAAGCUGAACCAAAGGCUGGCUACAAAAGAUCAGUGACCAAAUGGAAUUCGCCACAUGUACAGCCCCUAGCUCAGAGUUGUGUUGAAAAGGAAGAAGGUAGUGAGGAGGGUGUUCAGAAUUGCGAAGAAGAAAAUGAUAACAAUGGAUUGGAUCCUGAGGAAGCACUUUAUGCAAAGAGAAGGUUCGAUCCAUUUAGUAAAGAUCUUGGUUCUACAGAAAAAAUUACUCCAAAAUCAGUAACUCUUACAAACAGCAUGCUUGCACGUCCCAAUCCCUUUAAGAUAACAUCUGGUGGAAUAUCCUCUGCAUUGGCUGGAGGUCAAACUCGUAACACUAAUAUUCUAGAUAGCAUGACGAAAACGGGAAAGAAAUCGUUAAGUAACAACAGCCAGUCUGCAAAUAAGUCAUCACUUGUCCUCAAACCUCUGACCUCAAAACCAAAGGCCAAACAGACCCAAGCUACAUUGUUCCAGUCAACCGCCCCUAAAUCCAGCAGUAAAGCUGUGGAAGAAAAAGCAAUUGAGGCUAGGCCUGUACAAUCAAUCACCCCUGACAGCAAAAAUACAGAAAACAUAAAGUCUAAGACAGGUUUCCAACUCUGGUUGGAAGAAAAUCAUGAAGAUAUUGUUGCUGGAAGUCCAGAUUUAACAGAAGAAGAAAUAAUUAAGGAAGGCAUGAACAGAUUCCGCAUUCUGUCAUCUGAGGACAGGAAGGCCUGGACGGUAAAAGCUAAAAAAAGUGGUAGCAUCAACAAUAUGCCCGAUGAGGAAGAUGUUCAAAAACGCAAGCGUGUGGAAGAGUUAUGUGAAGAUGAUCCGGAAAACAAAAAGGAAAAUACUGAAGAGCCUGAAAGCUUGGCCAAGAAACAUAAACAACAGCAUGUAUCAACAACUUCAAGGUUGGCUGCCUUUGCCUUCAAAAAGGACUAACAUUGCUGCAUAUUACUUCAACACAGUUUGAACAUAGAAAUGCAGCUCAAAAUCUUCUUAGAUUUCCAUGUUUCUAUAACUGCAUCUUAAUGUAUUACUUAUUCUAAGGUGUUGGAUAUUGUACAGCACAAGUUUUCAUUUUUCUAUAUUUGAAUUUUUUUGUAUGACAGGAAUUAAACUAGAUCUAUUUUGAA